AAAUGAGCAGACCAAUGAAGUGAACUUUAAAAAGUCAAUAGAGCAGAGAGAGUUAACUUUUGUAGUUACAGAAGAGCUCACAAGGUCAUGGCGAGAAGCUAUCCUUCGAUCAUUCUCUCAACUCUCCUUCUGUUUCUGCCUCUACUGACGGGUGUUGAAGCAGAAGCAAAGAAGUUCCCAGUAGUGGUGAGUACUUGGCCUUUCAUAGAAGCGGUUAGAGCAGCUUGGAGAGCAGUUGAUAACGGAAGCUCUGCUGUAGAUGCUGUUGUGGAAGGUUGUUCUGCUUGUGAGCAACUCCGCUGUGACGGUACAGUUGGACCUGGAGGAAGUCCUAAUGAGAAGGGUGAAACCAUGCUUGAUGCUUUAGUCAUGGAUGGGGUGACUAUGGAGGUAGGAGCUGUUGCUGCAAUGCGGUAUGUCAAAGACGGUAUAAGAGCUGCAAGGCUGGUGAUGAAGCACUCUCAACACACGUUGCUAGCUGGAGAAGGAGCAUCAGCUUUUGCUAUCUCCAUGGGUCUUCCUGGACCUAUGAACUUGAGUUCUCCUGAAUCCGUAAACAAGUGGUCUGACUGGAAAGAGAAUCGGUGUCAACCUAACUUCAGGAAGAACGUUGUCCCUGCAAACGACUGUGGACCUUACAAGCCAAUCGAUGUCUCUAGAGAGGUACUCACCGAGUACUCUUGCGAGAUGGGGACAGCUGAGUAUAGAUUGCCUCUUGUUGGUCCUCACAGCCAUGAUACCAUAUCAAUGGCUGUUAUUGACAAAAUGGGGCAUAUAGCUGUAGGGACAUCGACCAAUGGAGCAACAUUCAAGAUUCCCGGAAGGGUGGGUGAUGGGCCUAUCGCUGGAUCAUCAGCCUAUGCUGAUGAUGAAGUAGGUGGGUGUGGUGCAACUGGAGAUGGAGACAUCAUGAUGCGCUUCCUUCCCUGUUACCAAGUCGUGGAGAGCAUGAGACAAGGAAUGAAACCAGAAAAGGCUGCCAAGGACGCGGUCUCAAGAAUCGCCAGGAAGUUUCCGGAUUUUGUGGGAGCGGUUGUUGCUGUUGACAAGAACGGGUCUCACGCAGGAGCUUGCCAUGGCUGGACGUUUCAGUACUCUGUCCAGAGCCCUGACAUGGACGAUGUUCAAGUCUUCACGGUUCUCCCAUGAAACCGGGUUUCUAAAAGAAACGCCACGAAGUUCAUGCCUGCAAAUAAGGAACGGCAAGCUCGUUUGGAGAAUAUUCUGAAAUAUUGUUUCUUUAAACAGAAAUCUGCACCCCAUUGGCCAGACAAGGAGACUAAGGAAUUUCUAUUUGUUUUCUAUAAACAUCAGAACAUAUUUAUAUAUACAAUAGUUGACUUUAUGUAAAUUUUGUGAUUAAUUAUAGAGAUUUCUUAAACAUAACA